UCACGAUUUUGGUGAAAUUUACCCAUUGCCGUGUUAUAUGUAGUUCCCCGUGAAAAUUCCUGUUGCUGAAAGAAUAGUGUAAAUAGGCAGAUUGGCUGUGCGAAGUCUGCAAUCUUUGCUGGGGAUUCCGGAGGGAGCAUUGCAUUGGCCUUGGCGCUCCUGUGGAUUAAGGAGGCAAAACCGUCAGGGACUGUUUCUCCUCAUCGCACUGCAGCGGACCCUACUGGUCAGGCUUCCAUUAAACUCAGACGGACACCUGCAGGGCUGGUCUUUGUCCACCAGAGGCCGGUUGCUUUUGAGUUCCUGGGUGUAAAAGAGGAAGCUGGCUUGGUCUUGGGAUCGGAGGAUGCCCUUCCAAAUUGAGGAGAAAAUCGGUGGUAAAAUAAUUGGGCACUCUAAAAAAUUUAAAUAAAAAACAACAGAGACAGUGUACGUAAUAUUUAAAGAUGGAAUAUGGCUUUACUUGUAUAAAUAAGGUGCUCAGUAUUCUUGUCUGCAGCAUUGCAUGUGUGAUUGCAUUCACAGUCUGCAGGAAAUUACUCUGCAAUCCAUUUGGAAAUCUUCACUAUAAAUAGCCAUUUGUUUACUUUUGUUCAUAACUUACUAAUUGUCACAAUCUGUUCCAUCACACUAUGCUGCCACUGUAUUCACAAAAACAUUUCUGGAAUCCAAGUAUAAAGUAAAUGGUAAAUACUCAUCGUGCAUGUGCACAGCUGAAAGUGCUGAACCCUAUUGCUGACAAUUACUUCAACACAUUAACCCCAAGCUUGUGUUAUCAUACAGUAUUUCUAUUUGGCAUCCUAACACCCAAGCUGGUGGGGUCAAAUCUCGGCUUGGGACCCUAACAUACAGUACAGUAUAUGGGCUUGCUCAUGCUAAUAGGGAUAAAUAAUGGGUUCUGAAUUAUACUUAGAAUUAUAUAUAGUAUUUGCCCUUACGGUUAAAAAAAACCAAAAAAACAAUGACAAAUUUACCAAGUAUAGUGCUCUGGGACAUUGUUAAAAUGUGAAAGGUGCUUUCUGAAUUAGUAGUUUUAUUGAGUGGCACCUCUCUGUUAAGUAAGUUGUGGUAUGGUAGUACUGCAUUGUACUUAUUCACAUACCCCUGUGCUGUCUGCAGUGUGUUUGAAGUGUGAUGUUCAGGAGAGGCUCCUCAGCCCAACCCUGCUCCCUGGAGCUGCAGACUUCACUGUGAAGACCGAAAGUGUCAGAGACUUCGAGCAGGUCCACAAGACCCCAGCCAAUCUGUACCGGCUCAGAGUCCUAAAGGCCCUGAAAUCCAAUGGGGUGUGUGAGUCUGUGUUCUUCGGACUUCCUCUCAUCAUAAGGCCCACAAACUGCUGGCAGCUGGACUGGGAUGAACUGGAGUCAAAUCACCAGAACUUCCAGGCCCUGUGUCACACCCUGAGGAACAGAGACUGGUUGCUGCUGGCACGCUGUGAGCCUCAGACUCAGGGACCGAGCUGGAGGGUCACUGUAUACUCGUACUAUGUUAUCCAGCCCUCCGCCUCCCUCACCCUGCUCAUGAAGCCUGUGGCGGUCAGGGAGCUGCUGCUGCCCUGCCACCUUCCUGUGGUGGACGAAGAACCACCAGAGACAGCACUCAGCACAAUACAGAGUUCACUGGAUGUACUGGAUGUGGACCCUGCAUACAACCCUUUGGCCCUGAAAAGCAACCUGUACAAGCACCUGCGUGGGCUCCUGGGCAGGACUCCCUACAGACAGCAGACACAGCGCAGAGAGCAGCGGCCCCCAGAGCAGCCGCCACACCGGCAGAACCCGCAGCAAAGCCGGCAACACCAAAGCAAAGUCAAAGCGACAGUGGCCCCUCUACCAUCGGCUUCCUCAAAGAGUUUCAGGCCAGCACUCACCAUGAACAGCUCCUACGACCUGACAUUCUGCUCCGACGAGGAGGAGUUCCUGACAGGCCUGUAGUUCAGCACAAGGAUACUCACUCGGGUGAAAAGACACCUAUGCUAGUGAUUGGAUUGUUAAUAACUGAGUGCAUCUCGUAACAAAACUGAAUGGAGAAGCAUCCCCCUGUUGGCCCUUGUGUCAGGGAAAGGUGGUCAGAUGGAACAUACUGCACAGUUAUGUAGAUCUGUGAUCUCAUAAUUGUUCAUAAACAAAAGGCAAUUAGAUUCUGCUUAUCAAUGGCUGUGUUGUCCAUGCACAGAUCCUUUAUCAAGUCUUAAUAUAAAGGCCAACUGAAAACAUGCCUUAUGGGAUUCAAUCAUCUUACCACCAAAAAGUCAUGUUUUAUUUGAAUUACUUUGAAAAUUAGAAACUCUAUUCAACAGGUGCCAGGUUUGUACAAAGCGCAGUUUAUUUCACAUAACCUAGAUAUCUGAGUGAGCUGCAUUUCAAUAUAAUUUAAAUGAAGUUAAAUCCUAAUCUGAAUUUAAACAAAUUUCGAAAAAAGAUUCUAUUCAAUUUUUAAACCUUCAAUACAAUAAUUUUUCUUCCAGUUCUGUUGAAAUAAGUUUCACAGUAUUCUAUUUUUACACAUAAGGAAAGUGUAAGAGGUUAUUUCUGCUUUUUAUGCAGUUAUUGCAUGCUGCUUUUUAUGUUUGUUUGCUUCUUAUAACUUUCCCAGGCCUUAAGUUUUAAUGAAAUUAAGAUCAGUUAUUUGUAUUAUUGAAUCCAUUCAACAGUUGAAAUGUGUUCACAUAAAUAAUCCUGUUUUAAUUUGUGUAGUGGGUGUGUGGUAGUCACUGCACACAUUUAGUCCACCUUCUCAAUUGUAACUCAAAACAUCCAAAUCACAUUUUAUAGGCAGCCAUGGUGAAAAUGGCUUCUCUGAAACUUUAGAACCCACCAUAGCACAGCAUGUGCUGAUCAAAGCACAUGUCUGUACAGUAAAACUUCUGUAAGGAUCUCCUGUAAAUUAGUAUGAACAGUUGACCCUUAUUUUUAAUGCAAAACUGUACACAAGAUUAAUUUAUAAUUAAUAAUUAGUUAAAAGAAAGGCAAGGCAGCACAUUUAUUAACCUUUUUACUGACAUUUCCUUCUUUGAAAAAAUAAAUUGCAAAGUGUCGCCCCCCCCCCCCCCCAAUAUGC